GGCUAAAAGGGCUAAAGGAGGAAAUUCGCUUGUUCGCUUCCUCCAGCAGCCGAACGUCAGGACGUGCAUUCUCAGAACUUCAGCAGUCUUCUUUCUCCCAGUGACAGCUAUUUGUUAUCCAGGACUGAUGUCUCUACUGGAACUAAUCACCAAAGCUUCAGCUGAGACAAACCAACAUGAGCCUGACCUUAGUUACCCAAUCGUCCUGAACCCUGAACCUGUUAUGCUUGAACUAAAAACCCAAGGCCAUGAUGCAAAGGAUGACUUCCUAGUUAAACGAGCUAGCGAGUGGACAAUCUCAAAAACUGACAGUGAAAUAAUUGAGCUAGGACAAUGUUUCUUCAAAGAACUGAAAAAGGAACUCAGAAAACCUAACACAUUGAAGCAAGAUGAGUUUUUGAAGAUUCUCAGUUCAUAUCUUGAGAACAUUGCUGGGAAAUUGGGAACUGGAGAUAAUAUUAAUCAGUCCGAUAUAGGUUAUGUUGGUAAAUUAGUCGGAAAGUCAGGGCUAUUCAUGGGUAGGGAUGUGAAGGGGCUGGUGUUGGAGGCUUGUAUUGUUGUGGAAUGCUGGGAGGUUUUAGAAAGUUUUAUUGUUAAUGGGCUUGUGGAGCAUUCAUGCUUUUCGAGUUUAGUUAGUAAUUUGAUUGAAAAGAAGAGGUCAGACUUAAUUGUUUUGUGUGUGAAGCAUCUUUCAGAUCUUCAAGCUAAUGAUGUUAUGUGCAUUUUGAAGUAUUUUCUUUCACUGCCUAGAGAUGGUUAUAAUAGUAUUGCUAGUGUCAGGAAAGAGUGGGAAAGCCAAGCAUUGUUGGCCAUUCAAAGGUUGAAGGAGUGUGAUGGCCAAGCACUGUUGGCAAUUGAAAAGGUGAAGGAUAAGAAUCUCAGGAAGAGAUUGAUGUUAGUGAGGGAUGCUUCUCUAUUGUUCAUGAUAGCUUAUGAUGGGUUCUCUGUAACUGAGUUGUGUUUGCAUUAUCUGCUAUCGUCACGGAACCAUGAUGAAGUGAUAUUGGCGGCUUGUAUCAGUAAAUUAAAUGGUUCAGAGAUGAUGAAUUUGGUUAGAUACUUGAGGAAGUGGUUGCAGAAGUAUGAGAGGUUUCCAUCGGUGAGUUCUUGUCCCGAGGCAUCCUCCGUUUUGGGGUUGAAAGCUUGUGAUUGGAUUCCUAAAGUUGAAGACAUUGUUAUAUGCCUAGGUUUGGUACUGGAUGAGCACUUUUCUACUCUGGUUCUCCAUCCAGAAUUCCACGAGGAAUUGAAAUCACUAAAUGAAAUAGUUAACUCAUUAGCUGCAGAAGCCAGACUUUGUGGAACAAUCUCAACCUUAACCCAGGCUUUGAGAGGAAAAAUAAAGGAUGCUAAUUCGGAAACUAACAACGCUGAAGGAACCACAUUUGAGGACAUGGAUAUUUCAUCUCCAAAUGACAUCCUAGUGGUGACACGAACACGCCUGUCCAAAACUAUGAAAUUGUUAUAACCAAUUUCGAUGUGAGUUUCCGAUGGAACCUUUAUAUGUUCUGGAAGCUAGGGGUUCUUUGUCAACAUCUUUGUGAUGAUGUUGGACCAGAAAUACUGUUGUCUUAAAUUUUGUUGGGUAACAUAUGAUAGUGAAGCUUUUGUUGUCAGGUUCAGAGAUGUUUUUUAUGCCAAUUUUGUAAUAGAAAAGUAGCAGUUUUGUGGUUUGGUUAUAUCGUAAAACUGAGUUGAAGCAACACAAUUAGUGAAACUAAAAACACCAUUUUGUCAU